ACAUACUUCUCGCUCCACUGCCCCCUGAGCCAGAGCUCGGCAAGCCAUGGCCAUCCCACCGCAGCACAGCAGGGGCAGCAGAGCUAUCACGACGAAGCCUUUCGCUGCUGUGAGAGAAAGGAAGUCCAGGCUGAACUACACUGUCGCGGCCAAGAACCUGGGCAAGCUGGAGCCCAGGCAGCUCGCCCUCCGACUCCGACAGCUCGCGGCGUGCCUCCUCGUCCUCGUCGCUUGCGCAGGCGCGGCCAAGCUCCUCUCCACGCUGCUCUCGCCACGGGUCCCCUGGAUCGAGCCAGGGUCCAGGGCGGCGAGUUCUUGGGACCGCCGUGCUAAUGUGGAUGCAGAUGUACCACAAGGGCAUAGUACCUCUCCGGUUCUUGCAAAAUCCGGCAGUGAUCCAUCAGAAAGUUCACCAGAGUUAGCAACAGUUGCAGAGAUUGAAGUUCCAAAGCCUAAGGGUAGUAUCAGUUGUGAUGAUAAGACAAAAGAUGAAGGCUUCCCCUAUGCAAGGCCAAUUGUCUGCAAGAUGUCCGGCGACGUUCGGAUUGCUCCAGGAAGCUCAUCAGUCAUUCUAACUAUGCCGCUGUAUCAAAGCGCGGAAGGGCGACGCGUUAGGCCAUAUGCUCGCCAUGAUGAUUCAUUGCCGCCUCUUGUGAGAGAAGUGGCCAUUAAAACAGUUGCAAAUGGAAGUGACGCUCCUGAAUGCAGCGUCAGACACGGCGACAUACCGGCAGUGGUCUUCUCGGUCGGCGGCUACACCGGAAACUUCUUCCACGACAUGUCAGACGUGCUGAUCCCACUGUACCUGACUUCAUUCCAGUUCAAAGGGAGGGUGCAGUUCUUCGUCACCGACUACAAGCAGUGGUGGGUCAAGAAGUAUAAACCGAUUCUACAGAGACUGUCGCGCUACGACAUUGUCGAUUUCGACUCGAACGAUGAUGUUCACUGCUUCCACCAUGUGAUCCUUGGACUGGUGAGGGAUAGGGACCUGAUCAUACGCCGGCAUCGUACAAGAAACCCGAAGGGACACUCCAUGGUGGGAUUCAAAAGACUCCUGCGCCGCGCCUACGGUCUCCGAAGGGACAGGCCUCUGGCCCUCGGCGAAAACCCCGGCAAAAAGCCGAGGAUGCUGAUCAUAUCUCGCCGAGGGACACGGAGGCUCCUGAACCUGCACCAGGUGGAGGCUAUGGCGACAUUGGUAGGAUUCGACGUAACGGUCUCCGAGGCCAGGGACAACGGCAUCAAGAGGUUCGCAGAGACGGUGAACUCUUGCGACGUGCUGGUGGCGGUGCACGGUGCUGGCCUGACCAACCAGGUGUUCCUCCCGGCGCGGGCGGUGGUGGUUCAGAUCGUGCCGUGGGGCGGAAUGGAGUGGAUGGCCACCAACUUCUACGGUGAGCCGGCGCGAGGCAUGGGCCUGCGGUACCUCGAGUACCGCAUCACCGGAGAGGAGAACAGCCUAGCCGGGCGAUACCCGAGGGACCAUGCCGUGUUCAGGGACCCCAUGGCCAUCCAUGCACAGGGGUGGAAGGCGCUGGCGGAGGUGGUGAUGACGCAGGACGUGAGCCUCGAUCUUGACAGAUUCAGGCCUACACUCCUACGUGCCCUGGACCUUCUUCAAGAUUAAGUUCAUGUAUCCUUCUUGAUUCUUUUUCUUCCGAGGUAAAUAGAGCGCAUGCAUGCAUGUAUUGGACAGUUUUGUAUAGACUGGAUUACUGUGUUCAUAGUAAUGGAAAUGUUACACGAAAUGGAAUUGAAUAAACCUUUG